GAAUCUACUUCCAAACGCGGGCCCCACUUCACCGACACAGAAAAAUCACCUUUUUCUCGCCACGCGUCAUCCUCCCGUUCGACCUUCCCCAAGCCGUGCUCCCCUUCGAUCCACCGGAUCCUUCCAUGAGCGCACACGUACGAGCCCGCAUGUCUGUUCUCUUUCGCGUCAUCUCCCUCCUCAAUUCACGCAUCAAAAAAGCACCCGAAAAAGGAAAAAAAAGAAAAAGAAAAAAAGAACCAAAUUCUACAAACCCAAAAAAAACCCUAACCCCAGCUCUCGACGAUGAAGAAGAGACAUUCCUUCGGCUUCAUCCUCAUCAUCACGGCUCUCCUCUUCUUCCUCUCGAUGAGGAUCCAGUUCGAGCACACCAAGAACCAGAUCAAGGAUCCGGAGGAGGGGAGGGAUCUGCUGGGGUUGCCACGUGACAUUGUGGAGUCGGCGUCGGACCUGGACUUGAAGCCUCUCUGGGAGAACCAAAGGUCUCAAGAUGAUAACGAAAAUUUUACUGCCCUGUUGGCAAUGGCUGUUGGUAUUUCUCAAAAGAAAAAUGUCGAUCUUAUGGUUAGAAAGUUUCUUCUAGCAAAGUGUUCUGUUAUGUUAUUUCAUUAUGAUGGGAACGUGGAUGAAUGGCAUGAUUUUGAGUGGAGCAGCAGAGCAAUACACAUACUCGCUCAUAACCAAACAAAAUGGUGGUUUGCAAAGCGCUUUCUACAUCCAGAUGUUGUAUCUGUUUAUGACUAUAUCUUUUUAUGGGAUGAAGAUUUAGGUGUGGAGAAUUUCCAUCCUGGAAGGUAUAUGGAGCUAAUGUUUUCUGAAGAACUAGAGAUUUCACAACCUGCUCUGGAUCCUGAACUGUCAUCUGACAUUCAUCACCGAAUUACUGUUCGAGAUAAAAAGGCGAAGGUCCACAGGAGAGUUUAUGAUUAUCGUGGAAGUAUGAACUGCUCUGAUGAAAGCAAAGGACCUCCAUGUACUGGAUGGGUUGAAGGAAUGGCACCUGUCUUCUCUCGAGCUGCGUGGCGAUGUGUUUGGCAUCUUAUCCAGAAUGACUUGAUUCAUGGAUGGGGUUUGGACAUGAAGCUUGGUUACUGUGCUCAGGGUGAUCGAACUAGGAAGGUUGGAGUGAUUGACGCUGAGUACAUUGUUCACCUGGGAAUACCAUCCUUGGGAGGGGCAUCUGCUGCUAAGGCACCAAGCUAUAAAACCAUGGAUACAAGGACUCAUAUAAGAAGGCAGUCAACAGCUGAGCUGAAAAAAUUCAGGAAAAGAUGGAAUAAAGCUGUGAGCGAAGACAAGGCAUGGACUAGACGUUUUGGAUCUAAUGACAGGAUGAAAAGGGUGAAGACAUGAAGGAAAUCACAGGAAUAAUCAAAUUUCUAAAUGAAAUAUUUUCCUCGGUCUUGAUGAGCACACGUAGCAACUCUACGAUGGUGGCAUUUCUUCGGAUUUUUUUAUUGAGUCCAAAUUGAUGUCUGGCUCAGCAACACGAAACUUCACAGUAGGCUGAAAACUAGCAUGACUCUGAGAUGACAGCAUAUAUUUCACGAUUGUUCUAAUAUUUAUUCCACCCAGUUUGAUGAUAAAUUAAUUGGUUCGAGGUGUACAGAAGUUUUUCUAAUUCUUAACUGUUAGAUUCAAUGAUUCAAGAAAAGAGCAGAGGAGCUUUAUGUUUACACAUACAGGAGUUAUCCGACAAAUUUUGUUUUUGGAGUUGCACAAACAUUUAUAUGGGAUAUUGAAAAGUUUCAAUUUUUUUCCCUUGUGUU